UCCAACUGUUGUUUUGUUUGGUAAAAAGUGCGACUGUCCACACACGCGCAGUUUGGUGGAAAACCGAGGCUCAGAUUUGUACUUUUUUUUCUUUAUUAGAACGUCCACGCUCCUUCGCAACGAUGUUCAGCUCGACUUUCAAGAAUUUCAACAUCAACUUCAACGCCCUGAACGCGGAGAACACUGUCACCAGCGGGGACGUCCUCACGGGACACAUCUCCUUCGAGCUCGCGAAGCCCACGAAGAUCAGCUCGAUCACCAUGACUGCGACAGGCAAGGCACACGUCCACUGGUCCACCGGGGGAGGCGGGGGGAAGAGGAGGAGGAGAAGCAGGAGACACUUCACUGCAAAAUUGGAGUUCUUCAAUCUGAAGAGCGCCAUCGUGCAAGGAAACGCUGCUGUUGGUGGGGACAUGAAACUUCAGCCUGGCAAACAUAUGUAUCCAUUUACAUGUCAGCUACCUCAUGGAGACUUUCCGUCAUCUUUCACGGGGAUCCAUGGAAAUAUAUCGUAUAGCAUGACGGUGAGCAUCAGCAGAUCCUGGCAUUUGGCCAAGGACUUUGAGACAAAGCUGAACUUUGUACACCACUACAAUACCAACCAGCCAGACCUCAGGGCUCCUCUCUCAGGCACCAAUCAAAUGACACUGUGCUGCCUGUGGUGUGCCUCGCCUCCCAUCGCCAUGACGGUCACCAUAGAGAAGAAAGCCUUUGUUCCUGGUGAAAUUGUGAAGAUAACAUGCAACUUCAGCAAUGAAUCAUCUCGAACAGCUACUCCGAAGGUGAAGCUGAUUCAGAAGCACGAUUACUACACCCACAACAAGCUCAACAGAAGGAUGUACGCCAAGACCUUGGUGUCAGAUACGGAUCAGCCCAUCGGUGCCAGGACCUGCUAUGUGCAGACUGACAUCAUGCUCACUAUUCCCUCGUCCGCAGCGCUCACCAUCUCCAACUGCAGCAUCCUUGUUUUGAGUUAUUGGAUUGAGGUGAGCCUCAGUGUUUGCGGCUCCAGGGACCUCACAGUCAUGUUUCCCAUCAUUCUGUGCGACACUCCUGUUUACACUGAAGAACCCCCAGUUUAUUCGUGAGUACAUUUACAAAAACGUCUGGAGUUGCUUCAGAUGUAAACGAGGAAAUGCCGACAUACUGUACUCUCUCACUUAUGGCCUUUUUAAUUCAGUUUUUCCUCAGGGUUUUUUGUAUCAGAUUUCCCAUAUCAGGGAUAACUUUUGCCCCAUUUUUUUUACAGUCUUUGUCCUAAAAAAUAUACUGUUUUCUUUCAUGUAUGCAUUUCUUGUUCUUCCCACAAGUGUACUAUUUUUGUUUUGCAUGUCUGUGCAUCCUACAUUUCCCCCAUGUAUUCAAUGGGUUUUACCAACUUUUUAUGCACUGAUUGUUAUGAGUUGACCAGUAGCAGCUUGGGAGAUAUUUUUGUGGGGGGCACAGUGCGUGAAAAGGCAUUUUUCAGAUGCAAUUUAACGAUGUACCAACUGGUACAUCACACCAAAUUUCUCCUUCUCCCUUUCUCUCAGCAACUUCCGUGUCUAAAGCAACUUAAAAAAUAAGUUAUUUUGGGUGCUGAAAAUCUGCGACCUACAGUAUAAGCUUGUACAGUAUCUCUUAAGCCCAAAGAUAAAGGAAGUACAACACUUCUUAGCAACUUUACAUGUGCCCUAGCGCCCCCUACUGAUGAGCCGCCACUGCAGUCAACAGUUACAGUGCAUCUUAGUCAAUGAAUGUGUUUUUUAUAUUAUCUUUUGAAAUUAUACGUGUGUACUUGUAAGACUUGUUAUGACCAGAAAUAUCAUGGCUGAAAUGUAAAUGUGUGGAAACCGCCUUAAAUCGUCACACUGCCAUUUGUGUUCAUUAUUAGUGAUGUUAAAGGGUCACUCGUAGCCUAAAGGCAAACGUAUGUUACAAUUUGAAUGUUAUUAGUACUUAAUCAAGAGCAUUUAUUGAUGUGAAAAGUGAUGUAGUAUGUACUAGGAUUGAUUUUAUCUUGCCACAAGGGGGAGCUUUGCAUCUCUGUAAUCAAUGACCUUAUGAUGUAAUGUGUUCUGUGAUGCAAAAACACAACUAUAUUUUAAGGUGAAAAGAUUUCUUCCUUUCCCUUUUUUUUAAGAGUUUAAGACGUCAUGAAUCUGAAUUAUCUUGGUCCUCCUAACAUGGACUUUACAUACCAUCCUAGAAUAUAGAAUAUACUGUUGUUAGUGUGUGUUACAAUCUCAACUGUUCUCACAUACUUUGUGUGUAAAUUGUGUUAAGAGAAGUUAUUUACUAAUAUUUCUCUCUGUCUGACUACAUAAAAAAAGGUUGUGGCACAGUAAGGACAAGAUGAUGAUGAUGAUGAAGCCUGAUUGUAAUGUCACAUGGUUGGCUUUUAUACCAUCUCAUUUUGCUCCUUUCAAAGGCCGCAACUAACGAUUGUUUUCAUAAUCGAUUAAUCGGUCGAUUGUAGGUAGAACAACCUUGUUUAAGACCGUGUUUCCCAACCUGAAGUACCAAAGACUCAAAGAAAACGAGGCAAUAUCUCAAGAGUUACCUUGGUUUUUGAUAUUAUGGGAGUUUUUUAUCCAUUGUAACAAAAACCUACAACUGCUGUAUAUUUUUUUUGCAUACAAACGUUUGAAUUUAUUCACUUUAUGCUUUUGGUGUGUUCACCUGUGGCUUCAAGAAAAAAAAGGUUGGGCACCACUGGUUAUUAGUCUGUUAAGUGCAAUUCUGAGUCUUAUUUUUUUUCUUUUUAACCAUCCAUGGACUUAAAAAUCAAUUCUUUAUGGUGAAAGAGCAUGAAAUAGUUUUUUAACACUCCCAUGUAUUUGUAUGUAGCAGCUUCUUGUAACAAGGUGCAGUUAAGUUUGUGUGUAGAAUGCAGUAUUAUUAUUUUCAGAGUUUUAUUAGCCAUGGGUGGGAACUGUGGCACAUGUAGGAACACACCUG